AUGGAAAGUGGAAAAAUUCCAGACAAUAAAAUAACAGCUACAUCUGAACUAAGUGCUGCCAAGAAUGGUCGACUGAACUACACAUCAGGAUCAUCAUGGUGUGCAAGACCAAGUGACACUAACCCAUAUCUACAGAUUGAUCUACAGACACUUUAUAUCAUCUGUGCUGUGUCCACUCAAGGGAAUUCUCAAGCAGAUCAUUGGGUGAAAAACUAUACACUUCAAUUCUCCAAUGAUGGGACAACUUGGAUGGUCUACAGAGAAGGUGGAAAAAUUAAGGUAACAUGUCAAAGACCAUGUCAUUUUACUAUUAUUGACAUUUAGUGUUGUAUGCAUAAUAAUAUUCAAAUUCAUCCUCCUGUGAAGACACAUUUCCGGUAAGAUCUGGCUGGGAACGUUAAUUUGUUAAUGACUUUAACUGUUCAGAAGACAAUCAAUGAAGAAAAUUGUUGAGGCUGUUUCUCUUGUCACUUAACGUAGAGGAAAAAUGGAGGGAAAAAAUUUUUUCUCCUAGAUUCUUAGGAUCUCUUAUUGAAAAUUAGAAGCGAUGUCAAAAGUAAAUGCCUCUAUGUUUCCAAAAGGCUAAAAUGAAAAUACUAAUUGAGGUGUAAUUGUGGAAAGAUGAAGGGGGGAACAUAUUACACGUUUGUCUAGAAAUAUAAGUACACCUUUUUGUAUUAAGGUGUUGCCUUUUAAUUGCAGGCCUUUCAGGGGAAUAGAGACAGAGCCUCAGAGGUUAAACAUGUUCUUUAUAAAAGUGUUGAAGCGUACUACCUGCGAAUCUUGCCGAAUGCAUACUAUGGUGCUGUGUGCAUGAGAAUGGAAGUGUUUGGUGUUAAGCGAAAACCAGGUUAUUAUACACAAUGUUAUGACACAAGUGGAAAACAUACCUUUUGAAAAUGAUCAUUCAUACUAACUCUAGAGCCAAACUACGAUAGAGAGAUCAUUACAUUGUAUGGAAAAUAUCAUAAUGGAAAAGUAUCCAGUGACGGACAUUAGUGCAGGCUGCCUACAAAUCUGCUCAUCUUAUUCUCUUUGAUCUAAAAACUGUGAGAACUUCAGUCCUUCUAUUUCAGUCUGCAAGGGUACGUUUACAUGUAUGUGCCUGUUCUUGUCUUUCUUGGGUGUCAAACUUCAAAAUUACUUUAUAUUUAACAGGUUUACAUUAAUCUUUGCAAAAUACAUGACAUUAACCAUAUCAACUAUGCCGAUAUCUAUUUAUUUUCUAUCUUUACACAGUGAAUUUUGCCCUCGGGAAGGUCACCCUUCAGUCUUCAACAUAUAACAAUACUCGGCUGGAUGUGUCAGGUGUGUCAGAAAAAGCAGUGGAUGGUAAUUCUGAUACUGAAUUUAGAAAUGGUAGCUGUGCACAUACUCGGUCAAGCAACUCAAGCUGGUGGAGAGUUGACCUGGGUUCAGAUAAGAUUCCAGUCUCUGACAUUUUCAUAGUCAACAGAUUUUCAACAUUUUAUGAUGAGAUGGCCAGAAGUAAAAAUUAUAUCAUUACUUUGGGUGAGCAGUCACUAUACUUUUCAUGAAAUCAAUAUGAGAUAAGCUUAAGAUAAAUGGGUGCAUUAAAAGUAAUAAAACAAAGGCAUUUCCAAUGUGCGAGGUUGGAAAACCGUAGUUAUAUGCUCAGUCUCAACCUAUCUAUGUAGAACUUUGCAUAGAUAGGUUGAGAGGGGUAAAUAUUGUGUAAAUAUUAAAAAAAAUGUUGUAGAAGGAGUUAUUUGUUGCUUUUUCAGUUGUUUUUUUCAAUGUUUCUGUUGCUGCUUAAUAGAGAUAUUUUAACCCCUCAACAUACUUUUCAUAUUAAAUCAUUAUAAUUAUUUUCCUCAAACAGUAUUGAUGGAUAUCUAUUCUGUUUAUUGAUAUUAAGUUAAUUAAACACCUAUAGCUACGUGUACAUGCAUGUAAAAUUUUAUUUUCUAUUAAAUUGUCUUCCGAAAACCCAGUUUAGAGGGGAAAUAGAAGUUUACAUUAUUUAUGAAAUAUAUUAAUACAUUAGUUUGUCAUAUAUUUGCCAUGUACAGUACAUUGAGAUAGACUGUUAUUUUUUAUAACAUUAGGUAAUAACCCAGUAGUAGUAACCAACACUCAGUGCAGAGGACUCUACAGUUUUGUCAACUUCAAAGCAUCAGCUGUUUGUUUUACCAACCCACUGAUAGCUGGCAGAUAUGUCGGGAUAUCAACAGUAAGGAAACAAGUUCUUAAUCUCUGUGAGGUGGAAAUCUAUUUGCGAGGUACAUGUCAUUAAACAUAGAGAUUGGUAUUGAGUAGGGAUCUUUGUGGCAAAACUUUAGAAGUUUUUGUAAAAUUGUAGUGACACUGGUAGUUCCAAAUCUUUUUUGACCAAAUUCUUAACGUGACCAGAUGCUGAUUAACAUAAUUGCAUGUUUCAUUUCAGACAAUAUUGCAUUUGGAAAGCAAACAGAUCAAAGUAGUGUAAGCUUUGGUGGUGUAAGUAGCAGGGCAGUUGAUGGUAUCAGUAACACAGACUAUUACGCUAACAGCUGUACCCUCACUGACAGAGAAUACAACCCUUGGUGGAGAGUUGACUUGGGACAAGUUGAACCAGUUUCAGAAAUAUACCUAGUCAACCAAGAAAACCAGUGGUUUUACAGGCAGAAUAAUUUUGAGAUCAGAGUAGGUAGGGUAAAUUAUUUUUGAAAUUGUAACACCAUACCAUAGUGUCAAAUAUUUCAAGCAAUCACAUCUCAUAAUGUAAGUAGUGUCAAGUUGUCUUCACUCUUUGACUGGUGGGUUUCAUUCAAGUUUAUCUACGCCUACACGCAGAGACAUAAAGCAGAAAUUUUUGUCAAAUGCAUCAUGAUAAUUCAUUAUCAAAAAGAAUUAUCACUUACCAUGUGCUCCACUCGUGGAAGAUAUGGAAUUGUGGAGGCUGAACUCUGGAUCCAAAGGUCCAGUUUGUAGCCUUGUUUUACACUGUGCUCCAAUGUUUGAGACUUUACUCUCAUAUUGUCUCUUUAAAGUGAGGAAUGCACGAUUUAAAUGAAAGCUGAACAUUAAUUACCAGCUAUAUUGGACUAGUUGCUCUUCUGUUAUGGCUUCAUCGUUUAAACCAUGGCCCACUUGUUGGGCGGAUAACGCUAUUCAACGGAUAAAUCGCUAACGAGUGGAUAACAAAAUGUGCUGCACUAUCCACUGGAUAGAUCAGAUUUAUCCGGUGGAUAGCAUUGUCCUACACUCCAGCAUCUUAUUACCUCCAGUUAUGUUAGCCCUCUGGCCUCAUGUAAUACUCUCAUACCACUGGGUAAUGAUAGUAGAGCUUGGUAAACAAGUUCUUGAUUACUUUUUCUGCCAAAGCAUAAAUUUUUUCAUGAUUCUCUAUAGGGACAGUAUUCAAUAGUAGAGGAAUUACCAAUCCCAGGUGUGGUGACGGCCAGAGUUACAGCCUUCCAAGAGGAAAAGGUGUAUCCUUUUUCUGUCGUCCUGUUUUAUUUGGAAGACAUGUGACAAUAAGGAGCUUAAGAACUGACCGUGAACACUUCACACUUUGUGAAGUUGAAGUUUAUUCUGAAAGGAGAGGUAACACACUUUAUAUAAAAUACCUGUAUAUGUUUGAAAACCUCACACUAAUUGAAGCCUUAAGUUAUUGCACAGAGGAGUUAUGCUAAUGUACACUAGUUCUACAUUCAUGCUUUACCUUACUAUAGAACCAUCCCAUGCCUUUGCUCCGACAUAUUUAAAAGACAUUUCUCUCUACCAUGCUUUAACUGUGCCUGCAGGUACAAUUUGAUUGAAUCCCAGUAGGCUCAAUCCUACUGCCAUUUUCCUCAAUUUUUUUCUUUCCAUGCACCUACAAUCAGAGUAUUGAUAAUAUUGAUUCCUUUUAGAGUUAGUUAGAGGAAUUUCUGCUCUAGGUUCAAAUGCAAUUGAAAACUUUUGUGCCAGAAGGUCUCAUUACACUUUACCUUACAAUAAAACAAUUCCUAGCCUUCGCUCUGAAUCAUUUAAUGGACAGUUCUCUCUGCCAUGCCUUAACUGUGCCUGCAGGUACAAUUUAAUUGAAUUUUUUUUCAAAACGUUUAUGCCAAGUGGAAAACAUUGGUACAAUAUUGAACAUAGAUUAAUGUCAAAUAUGUAUUGAAAGUCUGGUACUAUAGACUCCAAAAAAUAUUUCAAAUCAAUACACCUGAUUACAUAAAUGAAAACCAUCAGAUUAUUAGACAGCUCUGAUAUGAUUUAUUUCGACUGAACCUUACAUAAAUGCAAAUUAGUUUUGUAGUGGCAGGUUUGCUGUCUACUUCUUUGUGUUACAUGUAUCUGCUUGUAAUUAAUCAGUUCAUCGUUUUCUUGUAACUGAUUACAGCUUGCCAAAUGCAGACCAUAGGUGUGGCUAGCACUGACACACUCCCUAAUGUCAGCUUCUCAGCAUCAAGUGAACGUACAAAUCUUGAAGCUUUUAAAGGUCGACUGAAUGCAUUUAGGGGAUGGUCACCCAGCAGAAAUGAUAGGCCUGAUGAUUAUCUGCAAAUUGAUCUGCAGUAUGAGUUUCUUAUUUGUGCUGUAGCUACUCAAGGGAGGUCAACUUCUGAUGACUGGACAACUGAGUACAAGUUACAGCUAUCCUUUGAUGGUUCCACUUUUGUGACCUACAAGGAAAACAAUGUUGACAGGGUCGGUUAAAAAAGGCACAGCUGAGAUUAAAUACAGAACUGUAAAAGAUAUUCUUAGAGUUGUACUAAAGGGUGAUUUCAAGAGCUACGUGUAUGUGGGAGUUUAAGUCUCAAACUCUGAACCCUGGAGAAAGUUUGUGGAAUGGUGGUUGUGUUCUUAGACUUACAUAGAAGGUCACAAUCUUAAAAUGCAUUACCCUUCAUCAUGUGCUGAGAUUUAAAUAGAAAUGAGCAUCUAUCAUGGGUGGACAUUCAUGCAUGUCUCUAAAAGAAAGGAACUUAAACGUAUAUGUUAUGGGUUAUAGUAGUAUCCUGAGUAAGAACAAUAUGUAUGCAGAAUACCAAGUUUUCUGUCAUAUGUGCAUAAUGUAAAUCGAAUUAACUGACCUUAUAAAGCAGGAAAAAAAGAACACAUCUGGACUUAAAGUUGUCUAAAGCACUGACUGGCUCAGCUAGUAACUGAGGGAUGUAAUACCGACAAUUGUUCCAGAGUCUGCCAUGACCAACAGUGAUAAAAUUGAUCUACAAUUAAAUCAUCAACUCAUAUUUUAAAUGAUUUGUUUUAGACUUUCAGUGGCAACUCCGGAAGAUAUGACAUUGUUAAACACAAUCUCAGAGAUGUGAGGGCAAGGUUCAUCCGUUUCCAGCCUGUCAAGUUUGUUAGAAACAAAGCUUUGAGAGUAGAGGUCUAUGGAGUUCUUAUAUCUAGAGGUAUAUUAUGUUUAAUUCAAUAUCAUCAAGUUUUCACAUUGAGCAAUUUUAAAGGCUGGCAUAAUGGUUAACUUAUUAUAUAGCCUCUUUGGUCAUUGGAUGUAGUUUAUUUUUGUGAACACUCCCUGUAGGCAAACGUCAUGUACAAGUGUUUACAUGUAUGUCGGCCAAAUUAGGAAGUGGCAUUUUCCACAAAAAAUGGUCUUAACCUACAGCUUUCUGGCUCCCAGUCAUGGAGCUGGAUAUGUACCUAUGUUAAAUGUUGGUGGUUGUCUGCUUGUCUAAAGGGGUCUACAAAUGGGAAAUUGAUCUGUUUAAGCCCAUUUUGGGGUAAUUUCUUCUCCCAUUUACGUAAUUAAGUUCAUAUAUGCACUCCCAACAGUUCCUAAGACCCUACAAAUUAAUAUUUUUCAAUAAAACUGUGCAAGACUUUUCACUAACUGGAAGAGUAAGGCUGGGUUGAAUUUGAUCUCUUAAAUACCACAUGAAUUGACUUUUAUGUGCAAAAGAAUGAAGAAUAUUGGUAGCGUUGUUAUCAUUAUUAUUAUCAUUAUUAUUGAUAUUAUAAUUAAUAUUAUUAUUGCUAGCACAAUGGUUAAUUUAUUAGCCUCUUUGGUCAUUGAAUGUAGUUUACUUUGGUGAACACUCCCUGUAGGGAAACAUCAUGUACAGGUGUUACACUGUAUGUUGGCCAAUUUAGGAAGUGGCAUUUUCCACGAAAAAGGUCUUAACCUACAGCUGUAUGACUCCCAAUCAUAAAGCUGGAUAUGUACCUAUGUUAAAUGUUGGUGGUUGUCUGCUUGUCUGCUUGUCUGAAGGGGUCUACAAAUGGAAAAUUGAUCUGUUUAAGUCUGUUUUGGGAUACAUUCUUCUCUCAUUUACAUAAUUAAGCUCAUAUAUGCACUCCCAAUAGUUCCUAAGACCCUACAAAUUAAUAUUUUUCAAUAACACUGUACGUUUUACUAAGUGAAAGAGUAAGGCUGGGUUGACUUCCAUCUCUUAAAUACCACAUGAAUUGAUUUUUAUGUGCAAAAGAAUGGAGAAUAUUGGUAGCAUUGUUAUUAUUAUUAUUAUUAUUAUUGUUGUUGAUAUUGUAAUCAAUAUUAUUAUUGCUAUUAUUCAAUUAUCAUUCUGUCUUAAUUUCAGUCCCCUCAAAAGCACCCAGUGAAUUGGCUUUAUCUGCAAUCUCUUCUACAAGUAUCACUGCAUCCUGGCAGUUACCUCCUGCAUAUUCCAGACAUGGACUCAUUGCAGGGUUCAAAUUGUUCUAUAAAAAGAAAGGGUUUAUUGGGUCAAUACGUGUGAAAACUAUCAAUGAUGGAAGGACCUUUUUAGGAGUAAUUAAUGGUCUGGAUAAGUACACAGAAUACGAAUUUCAAGUGUUGGCGUUCACGUCUCAUGGUGAUGGACCAAAGAGUUCAGUUGUGGUGGGGAGAACAAUGGAAGAUGGUAAGAAACUUUAUUGUUUGUAGCAGUUGCACUUCCACUUUUGGUUUGUUUUCAAGAGCCUAUCAUUGUAAAGUUGGGUUGACAUGAAUGAAGGUGCAGUAAUAUGUUUGACUGUGUAUAUAUGUUGAAAUCCUAACAAAAUAUACAUUAAAAAGUUUAAUCCCAAGAAUCUGAUCAUUAAGUUCCUUGUAACUUAGUCAAGAAAAUCUGUUUUCUUUUUCUCUAUUUAGGUCUUUAAUCUAUCUAUUCUUGACACCAUUUUUUGGAUUAUGUUUGAAAACUGUUAUGCAAAAUUCUUUUUAGGUGUCUUAUUUGAAUCAAUAUAAGCAUCAAAGCAACUGUAUAUCUAACCAAACAUUAACCCUACUUGCAAUCAGUUGACUGUUGUUAGGUAAGGAGGAGUAGGUGUGCAGUUGCUUGGAUAUUGACAUUCAUGUAUUAUAUUUGUAAGUUUAUGGAUUAUGCUCACUAUGGCAACUGAAGAUGUAAAAUGUAAAACAUACUCUAAGAAGGUUAUAAUGUUAGGAAUUCUUACAAUGUAUGUUUUAAUCUGCAUUCCUCAUCCUAAUGAUAAUAAAAUUUUAUCUUAAUUUUAGUCCCUUCACAACCUCCUAGUGGCUUAGCUGUAGCAGCCAGCUCUUUUACCAGUGUUUUAGCAUUUUGGCAGUUACCUCCUGAAGACUCCAGACAUGGAAUCAUCAAGGGAUACAAACUCUUUUACAAAGAAACAGGUGGUGAUAUGAGCUCAACAACCGAAGUACUCAUCAACAAUGCAGCAAUUCGGUCCAUAUCUGUCACUGGGCUACAAUCUGGUACAGAUUAUGACUUUCAAGUGUUGGCCUUCACAUCUAGCGGUGAUGGACCAAAAAGCUCUGUGAAAGUCGUGCGAACAGUUGUAGAUGGUAAGACACGGACAGAACAUUCCAUGGGAAUUUCUUUAUCUUUAAAGUAAUUAUUAUUUUACAUAAUAAACCGAGCUAAGUGCAAUUUUAAUUCCUAAAACACUAUUAAUUUCUGACUUUUGCUCUAAUUAUAACUUUUUCUUUAGCACCUGGUCCUCCGGCUUCCCUCAAUCAUACUCUUAAAACACCGACUGAGUCACAUGGACCAAUGAUAACUUUAUCCUGGACAGCCCCUUCACAACCGAAUGGAGUUAUCAGGAAUUACACUGUGUUUUACCACCACAGUGAAGAUCCACUUAAUACUCACAAUGAGACCUUUGGACCAGAUGUCUUUAGUUACACAGUUGAUGUGUUGGGUGGAGUCACCUAUUGGUUUGACGUCAGAGCUGAGAUAAUAAAACCUGGAGAAAACGCCUCUUUAAUCGUUAAUAUCUCAGAAUACAGUAAGUGCAUUGUAGUCUGUCUUACGUGUCUUAUCGAUGUUAACAAGAAGCAAGAUCUUCAUUACCGGCACGUUUAGUUCAGUCGUGUAAUGUGGAUUGUAAAAAAAAUUAAUUUCAAUUUUAAUUAAACCACAAAAAUAAGUUUGGUAAGAUUAAAAAAACAUUAUUGGAAUAAACUAAGAUGAACUAGGGUGAUUAUGGACGAAGGAAAUCGAUAUGGGUUUGGUGGGAUAAAAAAAGAAAUUAUUGGAAUAAAAUGAGAUGCACGAGGGUGACAUGAGUUUGAAAUGACAUGUUAAGACCAUAAAAACUUCUUAGGGUAUGAUGUUUAACUUUUGACUGAAUUGUUAUCCCCUAGAGCCUAAUAGUGGCCCAGCUAAGGUGUUUUCUGCCUUUGUGAACAAAACCACUUUAAACAUUUCAUGGGCACCUCUACCAAGAGAACAGAGUAAUGGCGGCAUCAUUCUGUACAACGUCAAAGAAGAGUUGUUGUCUCGGGGAACACGACAGAAAAGAUCAUCUCUGAGCGGCAAAACAGUCAAUACAACAGACACAUUCGUUUUAUUGAGUGGAUUAUUGCUUUGUUCGCAAUACCAAGUGUCUGUUCGAGCUUAUACCAAAAUAGGUCCUGGCCCAUAUGGUCCACCUUUAGAACUGCAGAGAACGUCAGGUAAGUUAUAUAUAUCAAAAUAGCGCCUUAAAAUUGAUGGAAGUAGAACCAGUGCAAGAGAUUACACUUCGGCAAAUCAGAACAGAGAAACACAUCGUAGGGAAGCCCAACCUUUAAGUAAAAAGAUAAAAAUAAGUCGUUUUAUCUUAUUCCGUAUGGUCCUGUGCACCUUAUUGGGAAGCACUGAAAAAAAUCUCCGGAUGAGGGCCCUGCGCGAUAACCCGAGCUGGGCCAUGAAAAGCCGUACACCUUUGUGCGUGACCUUUGGAGAUGCUCAAAUCAAAAAAGCGAGGAAGAAAGAGAGAGAGUAGCCACAUUGAACUGCUCUUCCGACUUCAGUUACAUUCAGAUUGUGGGAAAGGUUAACAGGCUUGUAACAGACGUUUAGAGAUUAGAUUUGGAAACUGAAGAAUUUAAUAUCGUGAUAUAGUCAUGUGAAAGCGUGAUUUUACUUCGCUUUCGUUUGAGGAAACUAAUUUUUUCUUUAGUACUGAAGUCACGAUCAUUUUUAUCAAAGACCCAGGAACACCUUGGGGUUUGAGUGCCUCAAAUGUUGGAACAACGCAAGUGAGUCUGGAAUGGAAAGAGCCUGAGCUAACUACGAGAGAAGGCAUCAGUUAUAGGGUAAGCUAAACGAAAGAGAUAUAAAUUUCAAUUUAAAUGGAACAUUUAAGUUCACAUUCCAAAUUCAUAUUCACUUGAAAUGUAAUUGUUUCUGAUAUUGCGGGUGCAAGUGGCUCACAGCAAACGCUUACAAUUUAACCUUUGAAUUUUGUCUUAAAUGGAGCCUUUGGUGCAAUUACAUAAAAUUAUAUCUGCCUGUGCAGUUGUUAGAGUUCAUUUUUCUACAUCAAUCUCAUGGAUUUAACAACUAUUAGAAGAAAGUAAACCUAAGUGGAGUUAAUUAUUAUUUAAUUAUAUCCUUUAUUGUCCAAGGUAAUAGUUUUUGUUUUUUUGUCGGUGCGGAUGAAGGGUUUCUUUGUAUUUACAUUGAUUUUAUCUUAACUCCUUAUACCCUAACAUCAGUUUUCAUAUUCUCCAUGCUGUUCUCUGUAAAUUUAUUAUGGAACUUAACAAUCAAGAGCUUCUUUGGUUGGUUAUCAUUUACUUUAUUCUCUUGACCUUAAUCUUUGAUUCAGGAGUGAUGUUGUGAGGAGAAAUUAGAUGCUAAUUAAAAAGGGUUGUUAAAAGUAAACUGUUAUUAUUUACCUUUGAUAGUUUGAAUCUUCUCAGUAGUUAAGCAUUUUUUUUUAAUUUCUCAUUGUCUCUUAAGGUAAAGUAUCUCGGAACAAAGCCUUACAAUGGAAGCUUCAGAGAGGAAGGUGUCCAAGACGUUGGCAGUUCCACCUCUUACACCAUGAAAGAUUUAGUUCCAGGCUCUACCUAUGAGUUUCAGGUUUUGGUGAGCUCGAUAUGUGGAUUCGGAGAACCCAGAAGGUUUCCUGAUAGGAUCAAAACAAAGAUGACAGGUAUACCUUGAUGUAAACGAUUAUUUUCCUGUUCUAAAGCCAUGCAGUUAGAAUUUUAGUAUCAUUUGUUCCAUAGAUUAUCAGGACCUUGUUUAAGUGAUAACCUAUUUUAGAGUUCCGUAAAAAAAAAAACAUACGAUAUAUAUGGGAAGUAACUCCUAUGAAAUGCAAAGAUCAUCUUUUCAGUGGCUUGCAUAUUUAUAGAGGACGUUUCAGAGUCAGAGUUUACCCGGAUCAUGCUAUCGGAGUGGCUAUCUGAGUGUACAGUAUCUUGCUUUAUAUUAGCUUGGCAUGCUGGCGCAUCUGAACUUAAAGCCGCUAGUUUACAAACAUUUAGAGUCCUUUUCGAUGGCAUCUUGAUAAAAUCAGACCACUUGUUUAAACGUAGACAUAAGGAUUCCUUUUCAUCUUUGGACAAGAAAGGAGAGAAAACAGGAGAGCAAGGGAAAAAGGAUUGUAAACAUUACAGAACUAUUAAAGUGAAUAUGUCAUUUAGCUAAGCGCAAAGGCCGAUUCCUCGAAUAUUAACCAUAGGCUAGACAUAAAAGAAAGACCGAGGACUUGUAUUGAUAUUCUCCCCGAACUGUUCCAAGUAUUGUUACGUGCUUUUAUUGGGUAUUUUCCAGUCUAAAGCUACAUUAUGGAUGGAUGCAUCUUUUCUUUCUAGAAAAUUGUGAUAAUUUUACUCACCUAGUACAUAAUUUUCCUCUGUAGCUCCAAUGGCCCCAUUUGUACCUCAGUGGACUAAUAUGGAGAUCUCGGAGUUAUCGGUCGAAAUUAACCUCUGGCCUGUAGAGCAAAGAAAUGGUCCAGUAAGGUGCGUGACUGUAGAAUGGAAUGUGCGGUAUUCAUUUAUUAAGUCCAUAAUAUACAUGGAAAAAUUACGCACGUCUGAUUGACGGAAAACGAGUCAUUUUUUUCAUGUAACAUAAGUGCAAAUUACAAAUAGCGCGCACGCGAUACGUUUUUCAUGUGAAUUAUUAACAAGUAAUAACACGAUUAUCGUGUUUUUUGGUUUAAAUAAGCACUUGUAAAUUUUCCAAAGACUAAAAAUUGCAUUUUGUCUUUUAAAAACUUUCUCGUGCUUAUUAACAACAAAUUGCACUCGAAAUCAUGUUGUUACCAACAAGUUUCAGGUGAAGUACUAGCAUAAGUAUUCCACUUAUUCUAAAAUGAUGGAUUUUUGAUUUACUGUUGGUGUCCUUAUUGGUUUUUGCUCGUGAUCCCAAAGAUGAGACAGACAAAGCAUCAGCCUAUUUAACCCUUUUUCCCCUAGAAAUGAUUAAUACGUAACUUCUUCCUUAACAUCUAUACAAUAUCCAGCAAACAAUUAACGAGAAUACUCAAACUUAUUAGAUAGAACUUGUUUUUUCGAUCUAACACCAAAUUCUCGUUACAAAUUUACAAGGAAAUAUGUAGCGAGUAGAAGGGAGAAUUAAUGAUCAGAUCUUGAGAGUUAAAAGGUCAAUAAACAAUAUACAUUACUGUACGUUAAUUUUUAUUCACUCCACCUUUUAUCUCAGGACUCUCAGAAACCUAUUUAUUUAUUCAUUAUAUUUUCAAAUGAAAGAUCAAUGAGUAAACGUUACGACUCUUUUUCAUGAAGAUGUGAAGGAAUUAAACGGAGUAUGUGGGCAGAGACUACUAUAUGAUUCUUAGAUCUAAAUCUGAUGUCUUUAACGUCUAUCAUUUUUAAAAAAGCGACGGAACGAUGGUUAGAGUUUCAUUGAUAAGAAUUUCGUUCUUGUUCAUUAUUUCAGUGCCUAUCAGGUAAUUGUUCUUAAAGUCUCUGAUUGUGUUCAAGACUUGAAUAGAAACAACACGAACUUUUAUCCAUUUUAUGUUGCUGCGGAGUUGAAAAAUAACCCUGUCCAUGAGAAGUCUUGGAAGUUUACUGUUGGUGAUGGGAAAUCGUAUGGAGCCUUUGUUAACAACGAACUGGCAAGAGGAGAAAACUACAUUGUAUACCAAAGAGCCUUAACCGAUUACAACGGUGUAAGUAAAUUUUAAUUUCCGUGAAAUUUCUGCUUAAGGUUACAAUUAAUGACCCAAACGUUGGAUCUGGUAAGUUAACAAAAAUCGUAUGAAAACCCCACGUUUUUACGGACAUGUUGUUCGUGCUACAUUUAUUUUCCUUAUAUCAAGGAAUCAACAGAAUUGUUGGUCACUUUUUGACCUUUUUUCCGUUUGACAGCAAUUUUUAGAAGGAGAUAUCAGCAAAAUCGCCAUGAUUUCUAUUAAACCAGGUAAGUGAUUCAAUAUUCACUAGAUACUCAGAAAGCUCUAUUUUCAAAAGUGAUUAAAGACCUACGGUUAGUGUAGCGAGUGUUUGAAGAGUUAAAAAUCUCUGCCCUGCUGGCCAUGGGUAGGAAAAAAUUCCAGCAAAUUCGCUUCGAUGGUUAAUGAUUCAUGCAGAAUCCUGAUUUGCAUUUAUUCAUCAGCUGACCUUGCAUAUCAUCCAACACAACUACAGUAACAUCCUUGUCAUUAUCAUAUGUCAUUUACUCGUUUCACUGCGACAAAAACUCUUUUAAUUUAAUAAAGAGCAAAUACGUGAUUCGACGAAAUUCAGCUUUAUGAUGAACAAGUGCCGUAGCUUUGGCACGUGGACAUAACUUGUGCUCCUAGUGUUUGGGUUCAUGCCCAUCAACAAUUCAAUCAUACGCUUUUUCUGCCAAUACAAUACAAUACAAUACACUUUAUUUUACGUCUGUAACGUAGGGGGUGGUUAUCCAAUCCCCCGAGCCUAAUGGCUCAAGUUGAAAACGCUCGACAUAUAAAAUACAGAUGUGUAUAUAAAUAUAUGUACAAGUUUAAUAUAUGUAUAUCUGACGAAAAAAUCGCAAAAAUAUCACCUAGCCCCCUACGCCUAACCCUAAUCCUGAACUUCCCCUGAAACCCUACCAGCCCUAAUCACCUAACUUGUAGCCCUAACCCUGAAGCCUAAUUAUCAAUUCAUAACCCAACCCCUACAAUUGUAUACUAAUACACUUAUUACACUUACAGCCAAGCGUAGUUAUGCGAGAUAGGCCAGUCUUAAAUUUUGCUCGAGUAGUUACCGAUUUAACUGAAGAUGGUAGCUGGUUCCAGGAAUAAGAGAUAAUAUAUGAAAAAGAGCUAUGAAUAUGGCUAGAGGUGUUUACAGGCUAGGAAACAUUAAGAACAGAGGAGCGCAAUUUGUAGUGACAGACAAAACUUUACUUUCCAAAACUUUCCUUUCUUUUUAACAUGCAAGUAUAACUUAGGACACCAAAGGAUAAAACUGUAAGUAUUAUGGAGUUUUGCAAACGCGCUCAUUAUUGUGCCAUUUUGAUUUUCAGCUGAAAGCCGAGUACUUUUCGCUGCUGUCAUCGCACUUUCUGUCAUUGUGUUUUUCUCUCUUAUUGUGAAUGGUAUCCUGAUAUGGCGGUUAAGACGAGCCGAGCCUAACAAUAGAACAACCAUAGUAAAUAGUGGUAUCCCUGUCCCAUCUGGUGUUCAUCAAGCGUCAGAACCUGGUGUUUAUAUGGCGCUGCAACCCAGGCCUUCUGACGGGCAGUCACGUGAACCACCUGAAUACCAGUCACUGGACGACAGACGAGUGACCCAAGUAGUUUAUGAAAAUGUGGAGUGA